AUGAACGAAACUUGUGGUUCUGAGAAUCACAUUGCGAUUGUAAAAAUCAGUGCUGAACAGUCCACUAACAAUGCGGCAGGGGCAAUGGGUGCCUUUUACGAGGCCAUGAAUUGUCAGACCAUGCCAUUAAUAUGGCUCAACACAACCAGCUGCAACUCAUGCCGCAGCAUCAAGUCUGCAACAUACAAUGGCACCAUUGCUUCUACCUGCGCAGCUUCAGUGGAUAUUCAAAACUCUGGCCAAGUGCUGUCUGUAACGAUUCCUCAAGAAGGCCAUGUGCUAGAGCGAAUGAUAAAUUGUUCCGAAGGCUCAUCAAAGUGUGAUGCUAUACAUCUUGUCAAACUUUUCGCACGAUUUGGAAGGGUUAUCGGUGAGAAGAUUUAUAAUUAUUCUGCCACAAAUAAAGGCAAAUUCUUUGGCAUGUCACUGUAUUGUGUUUGGUCUGUGUUGACUUCAAGCCCUGCCGUUCAUGCUUGA